GUUACUCAUCGAGCAUCACUUAAGGAAGAAAACAUUACGGAUCAAGACAGGGGUGAAGCUGGAGGAGACAUUCAUAAGAACAGGAAUGAUCUGCUCUCUGCUGUAGAUGUCAUUAACUCUCCAUCUGUCAGGACUCGUACUGUAAUAAAGACAAAUAUUGAAUGUGGAAGGUUAAAUAUUAACGCAGGGCAGCGACGUGGCAGUAAUUUCACUGUGAACACGAGUUCCAGAUCACACGGUUCUCAUCACGCUGAAUAAAUACAAUCAUUUCGACAAUUUAAUAAAAUAAACAUGUUUUAAAUCUUUUGUUUCAGGAAGUGUGGAGCUGGAGAGGAACAUGAAGGAGAAGCUGCUGCUGAGAAAGAAGGCCGAGCAGCUGAAAGUGGACUUGCUUCGGCGCUUUGACUCUCAGCUGAAUGAGUUUGUCGACUCUCUGAUGGAUGACUCUCACGGGUUCGGUUCUUCUUCACUGUCCGGUUCCUCACAGCCUCUUUCAGACAGAGAGAAAACCAAACUGAGGUCUUCUCAAGGUCAGAGUAAACAGUUUGUGAUCCAUCGCUCUUUAUUAGAUGAGCUGUUUGAGGUGAAUCACAUCCGCACAAUUUAUCACAUGUUCAUCGCCCUCCUCAUCCUCUUCAUCCUCAGUACAUUAGUUGUCGAUUUCAUCGAUGAGGGACGGUUGGUGUUGGAUUUUGACCUGCUGGUGUUUGCGUUCGGUCAGUUUCCCCUUGUCGUCGUGUCGUGGAUCUGCAUGUUUGUUUCGGCGCUCAUUGUUCCGUUUGUUCUUCUUCGUUGGUGGGCCGGUGUUUAUUCUUCAUCACACCAUCGAACCUUCUACACCCUCUUCGCCAUGACACUCCUCCUGCUGUACCAAGGCCUUGGACUUGGCUUCCUGCCCACUUACAUAGUGCUGAAGAAUAGCCUUCCUCCUGCCUCCUGCUUCAUCCUCAUCCUCGAGCAGGUGCGUUUGAUGAUGAAGGUUCAUUCCUUUAUCCGAGAGAACGUGCCGAGGUUGUGGUCCUCAAGUAAAGACCGCUCAGCAUUGGGGGCCGUACCUCAUCUGACCUCAUACCUCUACUUCCUGUUUGCACCCACUCUGAUCUACAGAGACAGAUAUCCAAGGAAUCCGUGUGUACGCUGGAGUUACGUGGCAACCAAGUUAUUACAGGUGUUGGGCUGUUUGUUCUACGCCUAUUAUGUGUUUGUGCGUCUCUGCAUCCCUCAGUUUCGCAGCGUGAGCAUGCAGCUGUUCAACCUCAGAGUGAUGGUGCUCUGCAUCUUCAACUCCAUCCUGCCAGGAGCACUGAUCCUCUUCUUGGCCUUCUUUGCCUUUCUGCAUUGCUGGCUCAAUGCAUUUGCAGAAAUGCUGCGCUUUGGAGACCGAAUGUUUUACAGGGACUGGUGGAAUUCAACAUCAUUUGCCAAUUAUUACCGCACGUGGAACGUUGUAGUGCAUGACUGGCUGUAUUACUACGUCUAUCGAGACUUCCUGUGGAUGACACAGAAACGUUUCCGAGCGACGGCCAUGUUUAUUGUUUUCACCGUCUCCGCUGUGGUUCAUGAGUACGUUCUGGCCGUGUGUUUCGGGUUCUUCUACCCCGUCCUCUUCUGCCUCUUCAUGUGCUUCGGAAUGAUGUUCAACUUCAUCCUGCAUGACCGGAGGACCGGGCCCGUGUGGAACAUCAUCGUGUGGACGGCUCUGUUUCUGGGUUUAGCAGUUCUGCUGUGCCUGUACUCUCAGGAGUGGUACGCUCAGAAAUACUGCCCCCUGCAGGAGCCUUCCUUCCUCGACCUGCUGAAGCCGCGAUCGUGGACCUGCUACCUCCAGACCAGCCGUGCUGUCGUCUGACUUUUUUUUUUAACUCUCGACAAGUCAGAGGUACACUGAGAGACAGACAGUCAUAAUAGAUUAAUUUUAACUGUUUUUAACAAAAAGGCAUUGGGUAGGUAUUAAAUAUUUUAUAUCCAUGUGUGUAAUAUACACACACUGUCAAUUUUCGGUCCGUUUCAGUGUUGAAUUAUUUCUUAUUGCAUUGCGUUUAUUGGAUGAAAGGUGGCGCUGUUUCAUAAAAUUAGUGAAUAGUCCAGUUAAUGUGUCCAGUCCAGAAUAUGUGUCUCGAAAGCGUGCUCUGAUUCAGCUUUACAAUCAACAAACCCUGUGAUUGGAACGUUCAUGAAGACGAUGCUCUUAAAAAGGGUUCCUGAAGAGGGCGUAAAGAUUCUGGCAUUAAAGAACGGAGAGAAUACUCCUUUAAAAACAAAACCACCCUCUGCUGUCAGAGUUACGGAUCGCUGUGACCUUAUUCUGGACGUGCAGCAGGUUACAGGUGCAGGACAAUAAACAGAAGUGUAAUUACAGAUUACAGAUGUACAUCCGUGAUCAUCAUUAAAUGACCAGCAGAUUGUGCAAUGAAAGUGUAUCGAAGGUUUAUUGCUUUAAUUAAAGCACUGUUCGGGCUGGGCCUUGGCUCAGGGUUCUCCCAGCAGUAAAUCUCCCCUUUAAUCAUAAAUAUUGCUAUAGUUUAAUUUUACAGUGAAGGUUUUUAAUGAUUCAGAGUGUUGCUGUAUAGUGAUUUAAUGAUUAGGGAGCGCUCUCUCUCUGCGUGAUGUACAGGUCUCUUGUGGGGUUUUUUGUUUGUUUGUUUUUGAGAAGAAAUAAAGCAGGUAUUAUUUGGUGCAUGGGCUGGAGCCGAGGUACAGCGUUUAUACUUUACUGUAAAAACAGUAUAAAAAGAUUCUAUAUGAGUCAUGACGAAUAGAAUCAAGAUGCACCAAGAAUUGUUAUUCACAUCAUGGAAAUCAUGUUUAAUCAUCAGGUGGGCUGAAGAUUCCUGUGGUUUUCAUUGCACUUCCUGAACACCUUCAUAUUUUCAAAAAAGACGACUUCAGUUCAGUGUAGAAAUCAGCACUGGCAACUCUUCAAUUUGCAUAUUCAUUAAACAUAUUCAUUAAAUCACUGUGAUCAUUUGCAUAUAGAAACAUGAUACAUCAAGAAGCAAGAUUUUCUGAAGAUGAAUAGAAAUAGUUUUAGCAGAAUAGAAAAUAUUUAUUAACAGAAGUCGUCUCUGGCCACAGAACCGCAAACUAACGCAAAUAUUUUCACAAUUCUAGAAUUUCUAUCCAUGCAGAUACAUGGAAUAAAUGUCACUUUUAUGUCUAAUAUCAUCAGGAAAAGACUUUAAAAUAAAAAGCCCAGAAGUGUGCAGCUGGAUAAACAAUAACGCUCCGUGAUGUUUCAGUGUCCGUCUCUGACAUGAUGCUCGUUUUAUAUAAAGCCAGUAAUGCCAGUUUGUCAUCAUCGCUGGUAGAAACACUUUCUCUGAUUUACCUCUUAAGGUCCUGAUGUUACAUCAUGAUUAUACUGAAUAUCUUCACUCUGAAAGCUAACACUUACUGAUUUUUUUUUUUUAAUUUUUUUUUACUUUUUUCCAUUUUUCGACUGUAAUAUCUGUACCACAGUGACGUAUUUGAUGGUUUUCUGAAAUUGGGUUUUCCACUGGUCACUGGUAAACGAUCGAUGAUGCCGUUUUGUAGAAAGAGUUUUUAUUGCUCUAUUUUGUAAAUCUUGUAAUGCCUUUUAAAAUGCUACAGGACUUUGGAAGAGUGAAAAACAAACCUGUAUUUUAAUGCUAAUUGAAAUGAGUGACUUUGUAGAAAAAAAAAAACCCAAUCCAUAAUGCAGUGCAUAAAGAAAUAUAUUUGAGCCGUCACUGUUUUCUAUAAUGAUUGCACACAGUGUUGGAAAUUUCAGGAAAUAAACCAGGUGAAUUAUUUCAUGGUCAGGUUUAUCUGCAAUAAAA